CUACCGUGGCGUACAAUCGUUUCCCAAAAAAGGCAAUGCCGACGGUCUCUUGGCAUUAGGACGAUCGGUCGCAUGGCAAUGACCAUUGUUGACAGGAUUCGAUCAUCCUUCUUGUCCUCUUUUUUUUUGUGGACUUUGGCAUAAAUGGCGCACAUAAAGGACUUUCCGUUGUUGUUUGCUGUUUUAGCUUUUCUGUCUUGACCUUUGCCUUCUGACCCUCGUCGCUGCGCGUCUUCAAAUUUUGGGCUUGACGCCUCAUUCUAUUUCUGACACUUCAAAACAUUCGCCUACGAUGUUCUCGAGCUUAUUCUUGGCCUUGGGUGUAGUGUCACUGGCGCAGGCCGCCCAGUUUAACGUUACUGUUGGUGGAGGACCAUUAAGAUAUGAUCCACAGUUUGUUAAUGCAAAUCCUGGAGAUAUCAUCAUCUUCACUUUUAAACAAUCUAACCAUACGGCUUCCCAAUCUACUUUAGCCCAGCCAUGUGUGAAGGCGCUCAAUGGAUUUGACUCUGGCUACAUGCCAGUAUCAGCCAGUAAUACGAACGGCCCGUUCCCUGCAGCGCAGUAUACGGUGCAGGACAUGAACCCAGUUUGGGUAUACUGCAAACAAGCCGAUCACUGUCAACAGGGCAUGGUCUUUGCCAUCAACCCAGGCACUCAGUUUGCUGCAUUUCAAGCAGCGGCCAUGGGCAAUACUACGGCCUCCUCAUCCUCGUCCGUUUCAACGACUGCGACUACUCCCACCGGGGUCGUCACCGCCACUGCGACUGUCACGGGAGGUGGGCAAACUAUGACUACAACCUACGGUUCGUUCCCUGGCAGCUCGGCACCGACAAGCGGAACCAGCACGGAUCAUAAGGUCGUUGUUGGUGGCUCGACCCUGACGUAUACGCCGUCGAAUAUUACUGCACAAAUUGGAGAUACGGUAACGUUCCAAUUCAUGCAAAAGAAUCACACGGCAACGCAGAGCACGUUUGCGGAUCCGUGCCGCGCACUUACCCUCACGUCUACGAGUGGACAAGUUGGGUUCGACUCUGGAUUCAUGGCUGUUGCAUCUACUGCGACGACAUUCCCGACGUACACGGUCAAAAUUAAUGAUACUGCACCGAUCUGGGUAUAUUGUAAACAAUCUGGACACUGUGGGCAAGGCAUGGUGUUCUCUGUGAACGCGGUCGAGUCCGGAGCCAACAACUAUGCUGCAUUCAAGGCGCAAGCAAUCCGACUCAACGGGACCUCAUCCUCGACCACGAGUACAGGAGCACAAGCUACACAGACGAAAUCGGGUGGUGUGGUGAAGAUGAAUCAGAAUGAUCGUGGGACAAGCGUCUUGGUUGGCCUUGUGGGUGUAGCGGCUGGCAUGUUCCUGACAUGAGGCUGUCAUGAGAUGUAUCUUAUCACAUCUUUCAAUUUUGGUGUAUCGUAUGGGCUGCUCGUUCCUUAUAGCAUGUAGUACUAUGUUGUCCCGCUGAUCAUGGUAAUUGAACUGUAUACUGUACUAGAUUCACAAUGUGGGUGUGGGUUGGG